UCUCACUUUCCCUCUUCUGCUCCUGCUGGUCCUUGGGGGUCAGGCCCUCGCUCCCCACGGACCUCCCCAAAGCUGCAGGCUCACCCCAGCAGGAUGCCCCCUUCGCUCGCCCGCCACUCCAGCUGGUCCCUGGGGCUGUGCGUGUACCGCGCCCUGCGCUCCGGCGGUGGCGAUCAGAAGACAAAUGCCCUCUUUUCCCCUCUGAUGCUGGCGGCCUAGCUGCACGCCCUGGGCGAAGCCUCCAAGGGCGCCACCGGAGGACAGAUCCAGGAGCCGCUGAGGUCCUCCGGCCAGCAGGGGACAGCGGCAGGCUUCUCCCGGGCAGUGAAGUCCGUGCAGGAGGCCGACAACACGGCGUACUCGCUGCGCGGCGCCUCGGCCCUGUUCACCAAGCAGGUCACCGGGCUGGACCAAGGCUUCCUGAAGAAGGCCCAGGGCAAGUCUGGAUUGGACCACAUGGCGCUGGGUGCGGGCACAAAGCAGGUCGACUCUGCUGCCCUCCAGGCCUGGGCUCGGGAGUCCACGGGCGGGGCCAAGGUGGCGCAGCUGAGCACGAGCCCCAGCCCCAAAACUGGAGCUCUGAUCCUAGCCAGCGCUCUGAAAUUCAAAGGUCUGUGGGACCAAGGCUUUGGGGAGCCGAGCGACGACCUGCGUAAUUUCCUGGGGGUCAAGUACACGAAGGUUCCCAUGAUGCACCGUUCAGGAGUCUACCAUCACUACGAGGAUGUGGGGAACAUGGUGUAGGUGCUGGAGCUGGGGCUGUGGGGCGGCCUGGCCAGCAUGCUGCUGCUGCUGAUGCCCUUCCAGGUGGAGGGCCUGGACCGGCUGGAGCGGCUGCUGACCCUGGAGCAGCUGCAGCGCUGGUACAGCGAACUCAGUCGCACCGUGAGCAUGGCACUGUCUCUGCCCAGAGUCAACCUCACCAGCUCCCUCAACUUACAGGCCACACUGUCAUCGCUGGGCUUUGCGAACGCCUGGGACCAUGGAAAAGCAGGCUUCUCCGGUCUGGGCGGUCCGAAGGGGCAUCUGCACCUGGGGGGUGUGCUACACUGGGCCUCCCUGGAGCUGGGCCCCGAGUCAGGGCAGAAAGACGGGGAGGAGGAGGAGGAGGAGGUGGUGAAGCCCAAGGUGUUCUACGCAGAACACUCCUUCAUCGUCAUGGUGAUGGACAAGCCCACAGGAGCGCUGCUGCUCAUCGGGGCCAUGGAUCUGGCCGAGGGACGUGGCCUCUACGACGAGCAUUCUUACAGGAACACACACACACUUAUUUACAUAGGUGAGCGCACACCCACACACUCACACCAUCAUACACACACACACACACACACACAGUAACUAAUAAACACUCUACCCAUGCAUAUGCACGCACCAAAUUAGAUACACACACACACACUAUACCAAAUCCCCAAUACACGCAUUAUACAGCAAUGAAGUCCUGAGGAUCCACUGGAAUCACAGAAAAGCUUGGCUGACUGCCUCAGUCACCAUCUGCACUGAUUCACCAGACCCAUACGAGCGCUGGGACGGGGCGUUCUAUUCAA